AUAAUAUCAUUUUAUCAUGGUUGAAUUGUAAUAUAUUCAUAUAUUAUAGUGAUGCUAAAAAAUAGUUGGCAAUUAGCAAUUUAGCACUUUUGAUGAUAGAAAUAGUGCUUUUAUCAGAAUAUUCAUAUAUGAAUGAACAUCCACAUCGUAAUGAAAGUUUGACUUACGUAAGAUUCGCAAUUUCUGGAUAAGUUUUUAUGAUGUUAGCAUUUAUGGGAUUAAUUGCAACCUACUUUUUUACACAUAGAUACAUGAAAAUUGGAAUACUAGGUAGUCUUUGGCUAGGUUUUGUAUUAGUAUUUAUUGGAAUGAUUGUUGGAGUGAAAUACGUAAUUAUAAAAUAAACUUAUUUAGUAUUAAGAUGGUUAUGAUACAAUUGCAUCAACAUGGUGGAUUGAAGUAGGAUUGACUAUUCUUGGUUUUCUUAAUUUAAUAAAAGCAUUUAGUAAUGAACCUUAGUCUAGUGAAGAUUAUUAAAGAUAAGUUUGAGUGUAUAUAUGUAAUCAAUUCUAC